GGAGGCUGAACGGAAAGAGGAGAAAACGCCACCACAGAGCACAGGUGAUAGACCGAGCCGUCGGUGGCAGCCUUUCGUGAUGGGAAACAUGGGAAAACUGCAAGAAUUUGACAUCACUUUUAAGGACAAUAAAGUUGUUUAUAGUCCUGGAGAUGCCGUUUCAGGCACGCUGAAAAUUACAACCGCCCAGGCUCUACUAUUUAAAGAUAUCAAGGUGAAUUGCCAAGGCUUCUGUGGUGUCACCAGCAAGAUUGACGACACAGCCUGGACAGUGGAAGAGCAGUACUUCAGCAGCACUCUCUCUGUGGCAGAUAAAGGAACUCUGAAACAGGGAGAUCACAGUUUUCCAUUCAAGUUUCUCAUUCCAGCCUCUAUUCCCACAUCCUUUGAAGGGAACUAUGGAAAAAUUAUGUACAGAGUGAGGGCUUUCAUCGACACUUCUCGCUUCUCUAAGGACUAUAAGACUGAGAAGCCUUUCUACCUGCUGAGUCUCCUCAACCUCAACGAAGUGCCUGACAUCCAUGGACCUAGUUCAUCUUCCAUUACGAAGACGUUCACCUACCUGCUGGGGGUGAAGACAGGAACGGUGGUGCUGAAGGCCCAGAGUGACAUGAAGGGCUACACCCCUGGUCAGGUCAUCAAACUGACCACAGAGAUCGACAACCGGUCUGGGAAAACCACGGGGACUGUGGUGGCCCGUCUCAUUCAGAAAGUGACUUACCAGACGAAGAAGCCUACCAUUGACUUGAGGACUUUAGUGCAGGUGGAAGGUACUGGGGUGAAGGCUGACAAACAAGCUGAGUGGAAGGAACAGAUUAUUGUACCUCCUCUGCGCCAGUCAUCUAUGGCUGACUGUGGCCUAAUAAACAUGGAAUACUUUAUUCAAAUCUCUCUGAAAUCUCCUGUGGUGUCAUUUUUGUUGCCCAUCCACAUUGGAAACAUCUCAGUGGACACCACGUCAGCACAGCUCUCCAGACCACCUCCCCAAACCCCUGAUCCUCUUUACUCCUCUGCCAAGCCUGCCAAGCUAGAACACAGCAGCCGCUCUGAGCCAUCCUCCCAUAACCAAGGACCUCCUACUACUGCCCCUCGCCCUGCCCGCCGCCCAGCCCCAAAACCUGUUCCCAGGAUGAGAGUCUCUACUUCUUCCCCCAGUGCCCCUCCAGCUGAGAUGGACUAUCUGGCCAACUCCAUGCCCACCCUCUACCCACUACUACCGCCAGAGUACAGCACCUCCACACUCCCACAUGAAGCUCCUCCCAGCUACGUCGAGAGCUGUAUCAGCAACACAUAAACAUCAUGAAACAGGAGAGACUGACUGCUGGCAACUGUACACUGAACAUUACAAUCAACCUCCCUACUAGAGGAUCAUGAUGCCAGGCAGCAGUUAAUUAGUAUUGGUUAAGCAGCACCUUUUUACUGAUUUGUUUUCACACACUUUUAGCACUUUCAGGACAGUAAUAUGUUUUUACAUAAACCAUUUUUAUAGCUGGAGCCAAGUUUUUAAAGUUAAGUCUGUGUCAUAUAGGAUUAGUUUAGGGGUCUCCCAUGUGGUGUAGCAGUCUAAGGCACUGCAUCGCAGUGCUUGAGGGCUUCACUAAAGACCGGGUUCGAUCCCAGGCUGUGUCACAACCGGCUUUACUUGGCUCAUCACGCAUUAGCAACUCCUUGUGGCGGGCCGGGCGCCUGCAGGCUGACUUCGGUUGUCAGUUGAACAGUGUUUCCUCUGACACAUUGUUGCAGCUGGCUUCUGGGUUAAGCGGGCAGAUGUUAAGGUACGUGGUUUGGCGGGUCAUGUUUCGGAGGAUGCAAUGACUCGAACAUCACCUCUCCUGAGCCCGUUGCAGCGAUGAGACAAGAUCGUAAUUGAAAUUGGGAGAAAAAGGGGGUGAAACACAACAUUUUUUACAGUAUAUAUCUUUUUCCUUGAAUAUGUUGAAAUUGCAUGUGUGAUGCUUGAAAUGUGAAGAACAGAGAUUUUAGUAUUGUAUGUUUGAAAGUUGACUUGUGGAACUUGUGCUACUGAUAUGUUUAGAUAUUGGAUCCAACACACCUAGCUUAGUGGGUGCUCCCAUAAUGCUAUGGUUUGUUCUCUCUGUCUGAAAACAACAGAUUAAUCUUAUAAGGUGCACACUGUGAUUGAUGAUUUGACUAUGUAAGAUUCUUAGUUUACUGUAUAAUAUUUAUAGUCAGAUUGUAGGAUGUAUAGUGUUGUUUAAAAUCAAGCUAGCUGCGUAUAGCGCUGUUGCCUUCAUUUGGCUAUGAAAUCAACUGUGGUGUAUUAUGUGAUCUAGCAUUUGCCAUGGGAUAUCCUGUAUAUGAUUUACACCAGCAAGCAGCUUUUCAACAGCAAUAUUGUAUAUGAGAUUUAUUUAAAGGUCCCAGACCAGAUCAAAGUAAGACUGCCAAAAUGUGAAAAAUAACAGUUGCUUCUACAUUGAUAAAGUUUGAUCAUAACUGGUCCCCUCCCCCAUGCCAAACACUUGGAUUCGGGAGGUGGGACGUCACAAAGGUCACUUGUCUUGAUAUCACAAAAGCCUCAUUUUAAUACAACAAUGGUUAUUCUCUCACCUAAUUUAAAGAGUUUUGGUUUACAUAGCUAGGUUGCUAGUCUACUGGUGCCAUAAUUUGACUGCAGCGUGACAGCAACUACAAUUUGAGGUUUCCCCUAUUGAUCUCAAUCAAAUAUACUUAUAGGUUUCCGCUUUCAUCUGUGUGUUGUGUUAGCAAGCAACUGGCUAGCUAGGUCUUCAGACAGCAUGUAACUAAAGCGUGGGAAGGGUAUAUAUAUAUAUAUAUCAUGAGAAGUACCCAGACCUCAUCCUGUUAAGUAAAUUUCUACUAAAAUUGCCAAGAUGAACUAGCUAGCUAGUGAUAAACAGUGCUGACAAUUCCAUGUAGGCUAGCUCGCUAAAUUAUACAGCAAACAUUUUGUCUGAUGCUGUUACAGUAAAUUGGAUGAACAAAUAAUUGUGAAACCAUGAUGUGGCGUAUGACAGGAUUGGAUGUUGCAUGCAAUUUAAAUGUUUGAGUUGCUUUGUGAAUCAGCAGAUUAGCUUGAGAUAAUGUCACUACAACACUGCUCACAGCAUUUAUGAUGCUCACUGCUUUCAUGUCUUUUUCAAAGAACCGCCAGUCAAGGUGAGCUCCCCGCCUAUUCAGUUUGUCUUUUCAGACUUCCUGUUAGUUUGACAUGAGAGAAAGUACUUUGCUUUUUUUUAUCACGAAAAAAUAUUAUGGGUGAUCUUUUAGUAACUCAAAAGGCUAUUUUACAUGGGAAUCAGAAUGACUGUUUGGGUCAUUUUGAGACAACCCCCUGUAAUGCUGUUGUUUUAAGAUGUGAAACUGAACACCAUACUGUAAAUCCUACUCUAUAGAUACCUCUGGUGGCUGAUAAAUGAAUGUCAAUGGCAUGCUUUACUCAUUAUUUUACACUGCUCAAUGCAUACCAGUGGAGGCUAUUGAGGGGAGGACGUCUCAUAAUAAUGGCUGGAACAGAGCCAGUAAUGGAGCUCCAUCCAUUACUGUGAGCCCGUCCUCCCCCAAUGCAUACCAGUGGAGGCUAUUGAGGGGAGGACGUCUCAUAAUAAUGGCUGGAACAGAGCCAGUAAUGGAGCUCCAUCCAUUACUGUGAGCCCGUCCUCCCCCAAUUAAGGUUGCACCAACCUCCUGUUUAUUUAUACUUUUCACAACUGUCUUAUAAACAAUUCACUAUUCUAUAUCCAAAUAAUUGUGUAUGCAUAGGAAAAACAGUGCCUUGAUGAUCUACAAUGCACAACCUAAUAAAGUUGUUUUUCACCA